AUGGGAGGCAUUCCGCGUGGAUCCAUCAGAGCAGCGGCCCUAGAACGAUUGGCUGGACUCACAGUCAAGAAGGCACUGCCUUCUUACGGGAAUUUGAGUGAUGCUGUUCCUCCUAUGUUUAGCAAGAUUCUCAAGGGUAUUAGGAAAACCUCCGAUUUGUCCGGCUUGCCAAUUUCCAGGGCCGAAUUGGAUACUCUAUUUGCACUCUGCAGAUGUUCUGCCUAUGUAAAGAACCAGACACAGGCGGAAAUUCUUCUUGCUCGUUUCAAGUUCUAUUUGAGGCAAUCGAAGUCACAGAAGUUCUCUUGCAAUAGACUUCUAGUUCACACCUAUCCUACCGCUUGGACUUGUCUAACUUACGAACUAGUUGUUGCCAUUUCUAACUUGGGCCUUUCGUUUCCGUCUCUAGAGGCUGUUGCGAUAGAGUCAAUCAUGUGCUUUGUUGAGACGUUCAGAUCAGACGAUACCGACUUGUAUGGUUUGUUUUCAUUGGUUGGCUUAUUGCAAGGAUUGACCCAAAAGGUCGAAAUUCUUACGCCAGCACUUGUAAAGUGUCUUUUCAGCAUAUUCAACACAGAAUUGUACUCCGAAAUUGAGGCAACAAUCAACGAAGCGUCUGACAACGAAGAUAUAGAGCUCAUAAACGGAUUUCUCGACUCAGGUUUCGAGUUCUCCUCUAUUUUCUUCAUAUAUUUAUUGGGUCAGCUAUGUACAGAGUUCUUGAAGAAUUUGGUUCACGCCCCAAAAGAAGAGAUCCUCACCAAUUAUAUGCUUUGUUCAGAUGCCGUGGCCUAUAAUGUCACUCCCGAUGAUAAAUUGUUGGUAAAACAUAUUGUUGACAAUUUUUCCAACAUUCAUGCCUACAUCACCACUUCUCCAGAUACCGUUAUUAGUUCCACAGACUGUCGUAGAUCUCUCACAAAUACCAUUAAAUCAACUGGUUUGAAUAUCACAUUGUUUGGUUAUGUGGUAUCCGUUGUCAGCUUUGACCAUGUCAAGGCCAGUGUUAAAAGAUAUCUAGAUGCAAUGUCAAAAUUGGAAGAUUCCAACAUGGAUUUCUUUGUGGAACUGGUAAACUCUGACUUGAUUCUUAGUGUCUUUUCAGCUGCUGCUCUUCUCAGUGAGGGUGAUAGAACUAUGGGACUUUUACUUAACAAGUACUUCCCUGCUGUCUUGUCCUACCCAAUAGUCAGUAGAGAAACAGCUGUUUCAUUGGCUAAAUCUCUCACCUUUAGUUUGAAAACUUUGUCAGAGGAUGAAAUUGUCUCUUGCAUCUAUAGUUUGACCAAUCUCCUUUAUGAUCCCGGAGAAUCGGACUCACAACCUCCCAGUGCAAACGGUGACCCUCUUCGCAGUACAGGGUAUGCUACUUUAGAGGCGGAAGAAGUCAUAUGCAGAAAUGUCGUCAGUGCUGUGUUGGAAAUCACAAAGGCCUUCAACGAUGAAUCUAUAAACAUUCUCGUCAUCACUCUUCUCUCUCAAAAGAUCAGAAAAAGCCCUGAUGAAUUCAAUUGUGUGCUAUUAGAAGGACUGAUAGAUUUUGUCGAUAUCAUGGAGAAACGGGAAUUUAUGAUAUUGCUACGCUACUUUUACGAUGCAGCACGUAACUCUGUCAGUAAUGUUCGUAUCUCCAAGAUGACUAUGGAUGUUUGGAUCAAAUUUAGUGAAAGAAUGGCGAAAAAACCCGAUAGUGAACUCUGUACAGACUAUUUGCAUGGGUUGCUCUCCUCGAUUAUCUCUCGCGGUGACUUGGAUGAUAUUGCUCAUCAUCGUUCCAAUAAUGAUAUAGCGGCUUCUGCUCUCCAAAUUGAAAACUUCUUGAGACCUUUGGCACAUUUAUUACCCGACUUGGAUCAGAAGCCUUUAGAAUUUGUUGACAAGACCACCAUCAGCCUGUUCAGGGAUGCUUGGUUUAACCUCUGCAUUCACGGCUUUGCUUACAAUUCUGAGAUUUAUAAAAGGGACUACACAUCCUUGCGUAGAAUUGCUCACAGUACGCCACCGUUGGCCUCGGAAUCUUCAUGGAAUAGAAGUGAGACGUCCAUAGAGCUAAACACCGUUCUUAGACGUGCCACUUCCAAGCGUACUGAGAAGUUGCAUAAGGAUACGUUAAGUUCUAUCAUUACAACGAAAACUAUCGAUGCCAAAGUGUUUGAAACCCAGAUUUCUAGGCCUGGCUUGAUGUUUCUAGCCGCCAAUUUACUGGUGGAGAUGUUGCGUGUAGAUUGUGGCAACUGCUCAACUUCUUUGGAAUAUUUGUCGGAUCCUUCUGUCUCAAUUGCCAAGCUUGAUACCUUUGUGGGUGCUAUAGCUUAUCACUGCUGCUCUCAGUAUAUCAACAGGCUCAGGAUGGGAGGAUCCACUCAGUUCAGUGUACCUAGGGUGACCGCUCAAUUGGAAAAGAUCUUUAUUUAUUGUUGUCAUAGAGAUCAUUCCUUACAGGAUGUUGCCUUCCAAUGUGCAGAUCGCAUAGUUACCUUAAUUCCAUCAUCUUUGUGUCACGAAAGAAGCGCGUUCUCGAUGUUGGAUAUUUUGACCCUACUUUAUGAUAGUAUUGUUGAUGCGGAUACUCAUGAAUACGAACCAAAUGUGGAAUUUAGGUCUGAUGUGAUGGGUAUUAAUUUAUCACUAUCUGAUUCUUACAACUGGCGUCAAAAAACGUUGGACAGUUUUACCAGAUUUGCCAGAAGAAGUACAACUUUUGUUCUAAGUAAAUGUGAGGUCGAUAUGAAAUCCAUUCUGUAUACAUAUGUUUCCAAGGCAGAUUCUAUUCAUAGAGUCUUGAACUUUGGUGUGACUUUUUCUUUAGAAAUGGUUGGCAAAUCAUUGCCAGAGGAGAAGGAAUAUUAUGGAUUAAACGCUGAUGCAAGAAAUAGUUUUGGAAAAGGUGCUUCUGCUCUCACCACAACCUCAGGAUUUCUUUCCCAGUUUUCAUGGACAAGACAUAUCAACGAUACUGGGAUAGAUAUUCUCCGGAGCGGUCUUGACAACGUUGAGUCUAUUAUUUUCCGCUGUCGGGAAAAAGUUGUUCAGUUCAAGGAGAGGCUUACUAGAGGCGAGAAAGUUUCGCAUGAUCAGUUUGUAGUCAUCAUGAAUCAAAUAACUGGCAUUAUUGUCUUAUCUAAGCAGGUUCGAGGUGAUUUUGUGAGAUGGGCAAGCGAACUUCCAUUUUCAGCUAUGUGUGCAGAAAAUAUUGAGUUUUCCGUGGGUGUAUGGCUUGGCAUUAUGAAGGAGAAGCCAGAAGCAGCUUCGUUAUUACUCUCUGGAAUCAUGCUAGGAUUUGAGCGUAGCGUUAAUCUUGGGCUUGGCUUAUACUCUACGCACAACGACCUCAAGGAUCCCAAGUUCUAUCCCAUGGAGUAUCUUCCUACAAACAAAAAAGUAUUUGAGCACUCUGGUAAAGUUGCGGAAGCCAGUAUCAAACCUCACUUGGUUUUGAUCAAACUUCUCUCCUCUCAUUUCCAGGCCUGCAAACACCAAAGUGAUCAUCUUUUGAAGAUGUUUACUCUGAUGAUCAGUAUCGCUUUGAAGGGACUCAAUGAUGCCAGCGUUCAUCCAUUUGCACGGUUGGCAAGGUUUGAGCUUGUUAACUUUGCAGUGGAUAUUCUCAAAUCACAUAUUGCUUUGAGAACUAGAGAUACUCCAAGGUUGAUUUCCCUUCUUCUAGAUUCUUCACUAUCCUGGUUCUCGACCCAUAGUGUUAGUACACCAUUCGGAAGUAACAAACUCAGAAUACAUGCUGAUUAUACUAUUUUGAGAAAGGUGGCUACGUAUUUCAAUAGCGUCACGUUUGCCACAAAGAUUCAGGAACAGAAGAGAAACAUUCUCCUUUUAUUUUUGGAUCAUGAAGUUUCUUUCUUGGCCGCUUGGUUGAACCCAUUGAGCCCAAGGGAUACAUUGGGUACUUAUUGCAGGUACAAAUUUGAUGAUAAGAUUCUAUCUGAUGCAUUCUUUCUUGAUGGACGUUUGGCCAUCAAUCUCUUCAAGAGAUUUGAUAGAGAUGGUUCUUUGAUGGAUGUUUUAACAUCUCUUAUCUGUAGAUAUCCCUUCAAAGUGGUCGAUGAUCCGUCUGCGAUUGCGUUCUUAACGUUGCGGAACCGUCCAUCGAAGUCGCACGCUAUUGUAGUUUGGAGUUCCGCUUCUCCAUUGGAUUCCAUUAUGCACUUCAUGCCUUCUUAUAAUAAGGAUCCGUUGGUUUUACAAUACGCAAUGAGGUCUAUCGAGAGUUUCGACGCACAUCAAACAUUCUUCUAUGUUCCUCAAAUUGUUCAAACUUUGAGAUACGAUGUAUUAGGUUAUAUUAGAAGAUACAUCUUAGAGACGGGUAACGUUUCGCAGUUGUUUGCCCAUCAAAUUAUAUGGAAUAUGGCUGCAAACUCAUACAAGGACGAAGAUUCUAAUCUUCCUGAUGCGUUAAAGCCUACUUUAGACAAUAUAUGUGAUACCAUGGUGAAUGAUUUCAGUGAUACCGACAGAGAGUUCUAUGAGAAGGAGUUUUCUUUUUUCAAGGAUGUAACCAGUAUAUCUGGAAAAUUGAAGCCAUAUAUUAAGAAGUCCAAAUCUGAGAAGAAAGCCAAGAUCGACCAAGAGAUGGCGAAUAUCAACUUACAAGAAGGAGUUUAUUUACCAAGUAACCCUGAUGGUGUUGUGGUUAAUAUAGACAGGAAGUCAGGUAAGCCAUUACAAUCUCAUGCCAAGGCUCCAUUUAUGGCUACUUUCAAAAUCAAGAGGAAAGUUGGUCGUAUUGGUGAAGAUGACGACGAGGAUGGCCAAGAUGGAGACCAGCCAAAAUAUGAAGUGGUAAAUUUGAGCGCCAUUUUCAAAGUGGGUGAUGAUUGCAGACAGGAUGUGUUGGUUUUGCAGUUGAUGGCUAUCUUUCGCACGGUUUGGAUGACUGCUGGCUUAGAUGUCUACGUGUAUCCGUACCGGGUGACCGCUACCGCUCCCGGAUGUGGUAUUAUUGACGUUCUUCCAAACUCUUCCUCCAGAGAUAUGCUCGGAAGAGAGGCUGUUAAUGGCCUAUACGAGUACUUUAUCACACAGUUUGGACCGGAGACCUCUACAGGUUUUCAAAGAGCAAGAAAUAAUUUUGUCAAAUCGUUGGCAUCGUAUUCAAUUAUUACCUACUUGCUUGCCAUUAAAGACAGACAUAAUGGUAAUAUCAUGUAUGAUAAUGAAGGUCACGUUCUUCACAUCGACUUCGGUUUUUGUUUCGAUAUUGCACCUGGUGGAGUGAAGUUCGAGCAGUCUCCAUUUAAGCUCACUCGGGAGAUGGUGCAGGUUAUGGGUGGAGGACCCGAUACGCAAGCAUUUAGAUGGUUUGAAGAGCUUUGCGUUAAAGGAUUUCUUGCCAGUAGACCAUACAUGGAUGCAAUUGUCGGUGCUGUAGAGCCUAUGCUUGAUAGUGGAUUGCCGUGCUUUAAAGGUGCCACCAUCAAACGGUUGAAGGAUAGAUUUGUUCCUACGAAGAACACCAAGGAUGCAGCUACCUACAUGAGAGGAUUGAUCAAGAAGUCUUAUGAGAGUUUAGCCACUAAGGGAUACGAUGAAUUCCAGAAGAUCACCAACGGCAUUCCUUACUAG